CCUUACUCAUCGUUAUCGAAGUGAGAGAGCUGUGGUAUGAGAGCAUAAUGAUCCAAUGACAAUAUUAGCUGCACAGUAAGGUUGACGAAACUGCCAAAUUCAGCGAGUCACCUCGAAAAACCUUAAAAGGUGUUUGCGAUGGAUACGUUUUCACUGUCAUUUGCAGUGGUAUUCACAGCAUGUUUCUCACUCGGAGUGGUCUGUGGUCAAGGCGCAGAACUGGAAAUCGUAAAGUUUGAAGAAGACAGAACCGUCAAUCUCACAAUUCAUUUUGACCAGUUAGCCACUGAACUGCAAAAUGAUGAUUAUUAUGUCAUCGAGGUACGAACUAGACUGAGUGAUGGCAAAGUUGAGUACGAUGGGAGAGUUGUUCGAUGGAAUAACACCUGUACAGUCACAUACCAGAAGUCAGUACGUUGUGUCACUGCAAUAGGACCACUCGAGCUCUACAAGAAAAUAAACAAUUCACACUUAGAAAUUGAGUGGUCCUGGACUUGGAAAGACAACAAUUCAGGAAGAUUAAAAACUAAUAAAUGGAAAAGGAAACUUCAGGAUAUGCAUUAUUUCAACAACGACACAACUUUGAUGGAAUUCGUAACAGAUGAAAUGCUGUUUGCUGCUUCAACUGUAAAUAUGGCAUCCUUACUGGGAUGCGUAGUGGCAGCAAUCGUAACAAUAUCCUUACUUUCAGAGGCAUUUAAAAAAUGGAGGAAAUUGGUAUCUAUACCUUCUGAAGGCGAGUCACAAGAAACACAUAAAGAGGCUUUACCUGAGACUGAACCUAAAGAGAUUGAUUUUGAAGAAAGCCAACAAAUGCUCAGGAAAAACUGCGAUGAAGAGCUGAAGGAAACAAGCAAAGAUGCAGUAACUGAAGAAGAACCUAAGCUAGAGUCCGUAUCGGAAGACAUAACAGAGCCACCCGAGGUGCCAGAUGCAUCUACGGACUGCUUAUCUGAAAAAUCCGAACAGCAACUCCGAUUUCUGCUGGUGGGUAAGACCGGUUCUGGGAAAAGCUCAACUGGGAAUACAAUUCUGGGCAGCAAACGGUUUGACACUUCUAUUGGAUUUAGUUCUGUAACAACAGAGUGUCAAACGUAUGGUGGGGAUGUUGGAAAGUGGAACGUUGAGAUCACAGAUUCACCAGGUCUGUUCGACACAAGACUUACAGAAGACAACAUUGCAAUAAAGAUUGUGCAGGCCGUUGCAUGCUUACACCCGGGUCCCAGUGCUUUCCUCUUCGUAAUAAAAAUUGGCCGUUUUACCCCGGAAGAAGAAGCUACCUACAGACGACUGAAGGCGAUAUUUGAUGAAGAUGUCACUAAACACACGGUCGUUGUGUUCACUGGAGGAGACUAUCUGUUGGAGGAGAAAACAACUAUUGGCAAAAUGAUCGAAGCAGCGCCCCCUGGAUUUAGAGACAUUUUAAAAGCCUGUGGAGACAGAUAUGUCGUCUUCGACAACAAUGCAGCAGACAAAAAUCCUCAGGUUAAUCUUCUUCUUGAGAUUGUAGAGAAAAUGGUAGAAGAAAACAGCAGUCCACGGUACGUCUGUCCCAAAUACAUGCAAAUAUCAAAGCAAAUAGAAAAUGAAAUUCAGAAAAGACUUUUGGCUGUACAACAGAGAGAAGACGAGCACAAACUGUACAUUAGAGAGCUGAAGAAUGUAAAUAAAUCAUUAAUAGAAAAAGCCAGAAAGACUGAAACUGAAUUUAAAAAACGUGAGCAGCAUUUAAAAGAAAGCACGGAGAACAAAAUAAAGGAGUUAGAAGAAAAACUAUAUCAAAAUAUCCUAAGUGGUGGGGACAUGGAAAAAGACAUGAAAAAGAUAGUUAAAGAAAACGAACAGCUGGCGAAGGAACUCAAGGAAAUGCAAGAAAAAGAGCAACAACAAUUAGAAAAAAUUGUAAGGAAGGCGAACGAAGAUAUUGUUAAAAGUUUUGGAGAGAUGAUAGAUAAGAGGUUGAAGAUGGAUUAUUUGAUAAGGACAGACUUCAGAAACAGAAGUGCUCGACACGAAGAAGGAUUUCUUUAUGGAUUAAUAACUGCUGAAUUUUCAAAUAUGAUUUCCGGUAUCUGGAAAAAGAUUCGCAGUAUUAGUGAUCCUGGUUGUGAUAGUGAUCGUGAUCAUGUUAAGGAAUUAAACUAGCAGAUGUUAAUAAAGAGGUGUCUUUGGUGUGGUUUGGUGUGAGUUGGGGUCUGUUUAAAUAAACUGAACCUCAACCUCUGAACAUUACUUACUUUUUUACCAAAGACUUACCAAAGUCUCUAAUUUAUCAUGUUCCUUCCACCGUGCGUUUUUAUAAUGGUAAUAUAAUGAAAAAAGUGGAUCUACAGUUGAUGUGCAUGAUGUCUUUGUAUUUUUCUUUAGAGUUGACUAUUUUCAGUAUCAAACAGGUACAUUCUACCCUGAUCAAAACCCCUUUGUAAAUGUUUAUAAAAUGGUUAAAUGCUAUCUAGGUAUGUGUGUACUUUUUUUAUCAUCAUCAUCAUCAUCAUCAUCAUCAUCAUCAUCUUGUUUCUUUUGUAAAUAUAUUUUUGCAUGACAGAGGUAAUGGUAGUACAAGCGAUUACUUGUAACAAUUUGCUAAGCUGACUGAUUUUUUAAAGGGCACUUAAAUUGUUAAGCUGAAAUAUUAUUUUAAUGGCUGUUUAAAUCCUCUACCUCGAUAUUUACUUUAUAACGUCAAUACGUCGUUUAUUAAAUAUAAACAAUACAUUUACUUUGUGUAUUUGUUUACUUGCAAUAUUUGUCAUGCAACUUGUUAUUUCCACUAUUUCUGGUAUAGAUGUAACAUAGAUAUCUAUAACUUCUUUCGUCUGGGCAUGAGUCUUCAACUUUAGUUUCUAAAACCUAUGAUAUUUUUAUCUGAUUGAAUUGUGGUAAAAAAAAUUUCUCUUCUGAUUUACGUUAGUUAUAGUAACUAAUCUCGUUGUUACGUGUACAGAAAAAUGUGUAAAGUUUCUUUUAAAGUCGAUACUGAAAUAAGUGGUAUAUUCCACGCUAAAAUAUACACAUAAUGCUCAAACUGUUGUACAUGUUGAGAAAAACUACAACGUUUUGCGUUAUUGCGGUUUGUGAUAAACUACAGCUGUGAUUUUGUGAAUGUGUAUUUUGUGAGAAAAUAAGAAUUCAGA